AUGGCAACACCUCGUCGAAAUGGACAGCUGCCAUCAUGCGAGCCUUGCCGAAAGUCCAAAUUACGAUGCGACCAUCAAAGUCCCAUCUGUGGUCGAUGUCUCUGUCAUGGCCAGGCCGAACGCUGCUUCUACCAUCCCGCUCCACUAACUCAGCCGCGCGCACGUGCCUUCAGGGUGGUCUCCCGGAGAUCCACGAGGCAACAACGCCCGGACAAUCAAUUGGUUUUUCGAGUGGAUCAAAUGAUCUCCAGCACACCCACGCCUAGCCCACAGUCAGACUUGCCACCGGUUACAGAUGUGGGGAAUACGUUACGCGAUCAGCAUAUCGCGCAAUGGACUGCAAAGGAGAAACAGACUCUGGGACCUGGAAUUCUAGGGGAGUAUGAAGACACCCUGCGUGUUGAAGGACCAGGCAGUCUGCCAGCAGUGACAGUACCAACAGCUACAUAUCCACUAAGCAACUCCAAUCAGGUGCUGCUAGGAGUUCAGAUUCUAUCACACUUGCAAAAGAUCCGUUGGUUCCAUGAGAUCAUUGAAUUAAAGAAUAAGAUAUCCCCAGGAUGGUUUCUAGGCCCUCCCUUGACUCGCGCCUUGUGCAAUUCCAUGGAGCAAAUGUAUGAUUGCGCAGUCCGCAACUCUCAGGAUACGCAUGCAUCGCUAGCCACCUUGUCCCGUCAAAUAUUUGUCAACACAUCCGAAGAUAUCCAGACACAUUCAACAAUGAAGUUUUCUGAGUAUUUCGAUUCAAUAACGGCGAGAUGGGAGACAGUUGGACUUGUCUUCGCCCUAUUAGGGACAGCAUUAUUCCAUACACCCGAUGAUGACCCGAUCUUCACGCAUCGCAACCCCUGGAAGCUUGAAAAGAGCCAACUCAGAAAUAUCGCCACCGCUGUUAGUGAGAUUUGCUGCCAAUUAUGCAGUAGUGCUAGAACGACUAGCGAUCCCUUUUGCUGGUUUACGACCCAGCAAAUAGUUCUCUUAAGUUCGAUGUUUGGCGAUAGCGAUUAUAGGGUCUGGCAAAAGCUCGGAGAUCUAUCUACCAUCGUAUACGCAUUCGGCUUACAUCAAUCCGAUGAAGACAUCGAAGAAGACUUUCCGUUCUUCUUAGUGGAGAUACGAAAGCGAGUCAUGGUGUGCGCAUACGCAAUUGAUAAGGAGCUAGCGACCUCCUUAGGGCGUCCUCCACGGAUAUGCUCUCGAUACUGUAGUAUUCUGCCUCCCCUAGAUAUAAGUUACGAGACGAUAGUCCUCUCACGAAGCGAAGGAGAGAGGGCACUACAGAAUCUCGACGCGAAUGGUUGGAACACCGAAGGAAAUCUGACCGUUGGCGUCAGGCUUCGUAUCGUGCUACUAACGAGCUUAUUGCGAGAAAGUAUCCUAGAGUUGUCUUUGAGUCCUACAACUCAGCAUAUUCCAGCCAAAGUUGAGUUCGUGUCUCAUAGAGUUCAAAUUAUGUUGAUAUCAGGGACUGACCGCAAGGAACUAUAUAGAAGGUUGAUUCAAGAAUCCCGUAAAAUGCAGCAAGACCUUCCCUCAUUUAUGCACUGGUCUCCCCAGGAUGCUGCAGCGGGUGCUUACAACUCUACACGAGACGAGGGCCGCGCCUUCGCUCACAUGGAGUUUACGUACCAGGAGUUUCUUCUGCAUCGUAUCUUGCUAAAGCGCCUUGGGAUAAACUCACAAGGUCUUAGUGAAAUCUCCCUGGAAAUAGUGACCACGCUAUUAGACAUUAUUGCUAUGCAGACCCGGUCUGCUCACUUGGUGGCGAAUAUGUCGUGGGAUUUAUGCUACAUUGGUCUUCCUGCUGCAGGCAUCCUGACUUCGAACCUGCUCUCGGGGCAAAGCUCUCAGAUAUCGAAUUCAUCACCAGCGCCGUUACCUGCCAAAUUUCGUUCACUUACUAUCCAAAAGCUCAUUCUUUUUGUCUCCCAUCUGACCUCGCUGGUGCGUCCACAUGAAGGGAGUUAUAAAGUUGCUCAACAAGGGGCGAGAUUCAUUCGUCGGGUGCUCGAUCGAAUUCUUUCCCCCGAAUAUCCCCAAUCGGCUCCCUUGACUCCAGAUAUUGAUUUAUGUAAAGAUUGGUACGACGGUUGUGAUUUGGACGGUAAUUUUGAUUUCAUGGCGUGGUUUGACAAUAUCCACUGGACUCAGGACCCUUUGUUUAAUUUCACCUGA